CCUAAUUUGUACAUCCCUAUGAUGUUUAUGGAUGUGUCAUAUAACGAAUACACGUUUAAAUUAGCCAACAUUUGCGAAGAUUGAAACAAAAUAGAUUAAAGAAAUUCAAUUAAAAGGAAUAUCUAUAUAAUAAAAUUUCCUACGUUUUUUAUUCUUUACUAGCAAAUAUCUAUCGUAUAGUCACUGAGAAAGUGUUUAAAACAUUACUAUUCUGACAUGACAAAUAUGACAGAAGAAAUUCAAAAAAAUUUGAAAACAGAGAUAGACAAAUAUAAGCAGGUUCAAAAAGAUUACCACAAAGCAUUGAAUCAAAGACGACAGCUGGAUGGACAAUUAAAUGAGAAUAUUGCAGUUAAAAAAGAGUUAGAUCUUUUGAAACCAGAGGAUGAUGUUUUUAAAUUAAUUGGACCAGUUCUCAUAAAGCAAGAUGUGGAAGAAGCUAAGCAAAAUGUUGCUAAGCGAAUGGAAUAUAUCACCUCUGAAUUGAAAAGAGUAGACGAGCUAAUAACUACAUUAGAUAAAAAACAAGAUACACAUUGUGAAACAUUGGAGAAAUAUCAACAGAUGUUCCAACAAGCCCAAAUGAAAGCGUCCCUGUCUCAACCAAAAGCAUAAUUUUAUAUAUAAAGAACUUAUAUGUUGUCGCUUGUUAUAUCAAUAUCACAAAAUAAGAAAUAUCAUGUAACCAUAAAUAUCACUAUCUUUAUUCCUGAUUAAAUUUGUUAAUAAAUUUUUUGUGAAGCUUU